AUGCGUAUUGUCGAUAUCGAACUUCCAUUAAACCCCAAGAUGAAACAGGGUCAUUUGAAACUGUUAUUGUGUCUUCUACUGGCAGCUAGUGCCACUGGACAAUGGAACACCGCUGGACAACAAGGUGGUCCACAACCAUUAGGUUUGGGACAAUCAACAUCUUACGGUGGAUCUUCAUAUGGUGAAGCUACUAAAUCUGUUGCACCAGCAUCUUAUGGUGGAUCUUCAUAUGGUGAAGCUGCUAAAUCAGUCGGACCAGCACCUUAUGGUGGUGGUGACAGUUAUGGUGGAUUACCACAUGGUCCAGCUACUAAAACUUUUGGACCAAAAUCAUACGGUAACGGUGGCAUUUAUGGUGGAUCAUCACAUGGUGAAGCUGCUAAAUCUGUUGGAUCAGGAUCUUAUGGUGGAUCAUCAUACGGUCAAGCUGCUAAAUCUGUUGCACCAGCAUCUUAUGGUGGAUCAUCAUAUGGCAGUGUUGCCAAAUCUGCUGGAUCAUCAUCUUACGGUAACAGUGGUAGUUAUGGUGCAUCUUAUGACGCUGUACCAACUGGCGCACCAUACGGUAUUCAAUCAACAGGCGAAUAUACCGCCUAUUAUCCAGAACAACUUGAUUUAUCUAAUUGCGGACCAACAACAACACAAAACCCAUGUACACUUGAUGGCCCACAAUACUUUCCAUUACCUGGCUAUCCACAAUGUUACAUUCAAUGCGCACUUGAUAUUAUGUAUGUCAAACCUUGCCCACACGUUCUUGUAUGGAACCCACGCAUCAAUGUUUGCGAUUGGCCAACAGUUGCUGAAUAUCCAGCUUAUGAUAACAACUAUGGUUCAUCAUCCUAUGGUGCCGCUAGUACCAACUAUGAAAGUGGCCCAUCUAAUUCAUACGGACGAAAAAAACGUUCAACAAGUGAACGUAAGAAACGCUUUUUCCCAGGUGGUUUUGGUGGAGGCAGACCAAUUAGUAUGGAAGUACCUGUCGGUCCACCUCUUCCAGGCCUUAUUCCAUUACCAGGUCUUCCUGGCCCUAUUGGUGUUCCAGGUCCACUUAUUCCACCACCAUUCUUUGGACCACCAUUUGGACCCAUUCCACCACCAUUCAUUCCUCCAUUUCUUCCUCCAAUAGGACCAAUACCAUCACCAAUACUUCCACCACCACUUAUUCCACCAUUUCUUCCUCCAUUUGUUCCACCUAUGCCAGUACCACUUGGCGGACCAUUACUUCCACCUCUUCCAAUGAGCAUUCCAGCUACAUUCAUUCCUGGCCCACCACCAAUUUUUGGUAACCCACUCUUCGGACCAUUUGGCGGACCAGGUGGACCAUUAGGCGGACCAUUUGGUGGACCAUUCGGUGGAUUAGGCGGACCUUUUGGUGGACCAUUAGGCGGAUUUGGCGGACCAUUAGAACCUUUUGGUGGACCUUUUGGACCUUUCGAUGGACCUUUCGGCGGUUUCGGCGGUGAAGAAUUCUUCGAUGAUCCAUUUGAUUCUGAUUUUGGUUUCGGUGGCGGCUUCCCAUUUGGCGAUGAAUUCUAUGGUGGUCCCCCUGGCCCAUUCUUUGAACCAUUCCCAUUUCCAGGUGGUUACGAUAUUGGAUUUGGAGAAUCCGGUGAUUAUGGCUCGAGAGGUCAUCAUGGAAAAGGAGGUUACGUUACAAGAGCAACAAUUAUGACAAUGGUUAUAAGAGCAACAAUUAUGACAAUGGUUAUAAGAGCAAUAAUUAUGACAAUGGUUACAAGAGCAAUAAUUAUGACAGUGGUUAUAAGAGCAACAAUUAUGACAGUGGUUAUAAGAGCAAUAAUUAUGACAAUAGCUACAAGAGCAACAAUUAUGACAAUGGUUAUAAGAGCAAUAAUUAUGACAACAGCUACAAGAGCAAUAAUUAUGACAAUAGCUACAAGAGCAACAAUUAUGACAGUGGUUAUAAGAGCAAUAAUUAUGACAACAGCUACAAGAGCAAUAACUACGACAAUGAGCAAUAAUUAUGACAGUGGUUAUAAGAGCAAUAAUUACGACAAUGACUAUAAAAAGAAUAGUUAUGAUAAUGGCUACAAAAAAAAUAGUUAUGAUAAUGGCAUGAAAAAGAAUAGUUAUGAUAGUGGCUAUAAAAAAAAUAGUUAUGAUAACUCUUAUUCUUCAUAUAAUGAUGAUGAUGAUAAUAGUUAUUCAAAAUCAGACUAUAGCAAAAAUGGUGGUUUCAGUUAUCCAAGUCAUAAAUCCAAAGGUAGUAAAAGUUAUUCAUCAUCCAAUAGCGGUUAUGGCAAUAAUGAUUAUGCUGGAAAUUACUAUCGUAAAAAACGUCAAUAUGGUUUAAACGUUGAACAAGAAACAGAACGACACUUACCACAACAACUUGCAGUUGAAUAUUCACCAAUGACUUCAGUUCAACAAAAAGUCCGAUUAACAACAGAAUCACUCAUUCAACCAUCAAUCUGUGUUGGUAAAUCAAUUAAAACUAAUGUUCCACAUCCAACAGACUUAAAAAAAUACAUUUCAUGUUUAAAUGAAAAUAGUUAUAAAGUAAUGGAUUGUCCAUCAGGUCUCAUUUUUAAUGUUGAUAUCAAUCAAUGUGAAAAAACAACAAAUUCAGAAUCACUUUGUGAACGUGAUCAACCAUGUAUGAAUGAUGGUCAAUGUUAUCAAACAAGUCCAUCAUCAUAUAAAUGCACAUGUCGAGGUUCAUGGACAGGUGAACGUUGUGAAACACCUUUAUCAUCUUGUGCAUCCAAUCCAUGCGGUGAAAAUAGUGAAUGUCAUACAUUAGUUGCAAAUGAUUUCAAACAAGAUUAUGUUUGUGUUUGUGAUAGUAAAAAAUCAUACGGUUUAACUUGCGGACGAAAUACUGUACCAAAUCCAUGUAUCGCUGAACCAGAAGAUCGUGAACAAUACUAUCCAUUUGCAUACAGUGCUCAUGCUUACGUACAAUGUAAUGGUGAUCUCUUCUAUGUUCGACCAUGUGCAGGUGGUUUAUUCUGGAAUCAAGAAACUAAAAUCUGUGAUCGCGCUGAAGUAGCUCCAGCACGUCCAUUUCACGAACAAUCAGAAUCAUAUAAAAAUACCUAUGGUUCUCCACAAUCUAAAUUAAUGUUUACCCGACCACUUGUUAGUGCUGCUGAUCAAAGUGUCGAUACACAACAAGGUUAUCGUUAUCGAAACUAUAAUCCACAUAAAAUGGUUAACGAUCAAGGAACAUUCAAUCAAAUCAGUUCACGCAAAGAAAUGCCAAUGAAUUCAUUUUUUUCAGUACCAUUAGUAAUGAAACAAAAUCGUCGUUUACUCGCUCAACCACAAUAUACAACAAGAGAAGAACAACCAACUGAAUCUGAUCAAGAAACAAAUACAUUUGUUCAACCAACACCACAACGACCCACAUUCCGCUUUUUCCAUUCAUCACCAUCUCGAAUGGUCAAUAGCAUGAAUACACAAUCAUCUUAUAAAAAAUAG